UGCGUAGUAUUUUUGUGGUUUGCGGAAGUGUUCCGCCAGCAAGAAGACUAAGCAUAAAUGAAUAGAGCUGCACAAUUAAUCGACAUCUGACCAAGUAAACCUAUAUUUUGCCGAUCAUGGAGGACGAUGCACCUGUUAUAUAUGGUCUUGAAUUUCAGGCUCGGGCACUGACAGCCCAGACUGCCGAGACAGAUGCCAUUCGUUUCCUUGUGGGCACGCAGUCCCUGAAAUUCGAUAACCAGAUACACAUCAUCGACUUUGAUGAUGAGAAUAACAUCAUUAACAAAAGCGUGGCACUGCACCAGGCAGGGGAGAUACGGCACAUCGGUGCCAGUCCGGCGGACAAGAGCGUGCUGACGACAUGCUACAACAAAACCUCUGACAGCCGGGUGGCGACGUGUGCGGCAGUGUGGAGGAUUCCGAAUGACUGGGAGGCGGGCAGCCACGAGUCCCCCGACGACUCAUCGCACAACCCACAGAGCCUGGAGCUUCUCUGUCACCUUGACAACAUAGCCCACGGCAACACGGCUUGUGUCCUCUGGGAGCCCAUGGGCGACGGGAAGCGGGUGAUCACGCUGACAGACAACCACGUGCACCUGUGGGACCUUCAGCAGAUCUCCACGCAGGCCACGCUCUCCAGCUCUGCCACCCUGGAGGGCAAAGGUCAGAUAAAGUUCACCUCAGGGAAGUGGAGUCCGCACCACAACUGCACCCAGCUGGCCACCGCCAAUGACACGGCCAUCCGCGGCUGGGACCUUCGCAGCAUGAGUCAGAUGUACUGCAUCGAGAACGCCCACGGGCAGCUGGUACGAGACUUGGACUUCAAUCCAAACAAGCAGUACUAUCUGGCCAGCUGUGGGGACGACUGCAAGGUCAGGUUCUGGGACGUGCGGAGCAUCAACGAGCCCGUCAAGAGUCUGGAGGAGCACUCCCACUGGGUCUGGAGCGUGAGGUACAACCACUCCCACGACCAGCUGGUCCUCACAGGCAGCAGCGACAGCCGGGUCAUCCUGUCCAACAUGGUGUCCAUCUCCUCUGAGCCCUUUGGCCACCUGGUGGAUGAGGACGAGCUGAGUGACGCCGAGGAGAACCACCAGGAGGAGAAGAGCAGAGCGCCUCUCCAGGACAGCAUCAUCGCCACGUACGAGGAGCACGAGGACAGCGUCUACGCAGUGGAGUGGUCCUCCGCUGACCCAUGGCUCUUCGCCUCCCUCAGCUACGAUGGGAGGCUGGUCAUCAACAGGGUUCCCCGGGCGCUCAAGUACCGCAUCCUGCUGUAGACGCCCCCAUCCCCCACUUUCCAGGCCCUUCAGUGGAGAGUUUCAUUAGUUCUGUACCCAUUCACGUGCUUGUCAGUCCAUCUUCCCUAUGCCGAAGACAACUGUGCAUUGCAACAUCAAUGCGAGAUGUUCUCUGGAGAAAGGCUGUUUCAGUCGCCCCCUUCAGGCCAGCGCUGUUAACUGCACAAGCUAUAUACAUGGUAAAUGAAGAAAGGAAGGGUAGAUUUCCACAGACAUAUAGAAACAGUGCUGUAUUAUGUAUAUACUGUAAUAUUUUAUUAAAAAGCUUAUGGCAUGAACAUUA